UGAUGUCGCUAGUGUUUGGCGAGUGUCUGUGUUGCAUAUAUUCCGCUGAAUAUAGAGAAUAUAGGGGGCUUUUUUUUCUAAUUUUUAAUUUCGAAUGUCAAGUUUGGUCGAUUAAAAAUUUUUAUUAAAAAAAAAUUUAUUUUCCCAUUUUAUCAAACGAAUCCAAAUGAAUGAUGGCCGAAAUUCAAACAAAUAACGUUUCGAAUGAAUCGUCAACAACAUCAUUUGUUGAUAUGAUUGGUAAUGUUGCUGAAUCUUCUGCCAUCAAUGAUAAUGAUAAUGGUGAUUGUGAUGUGAAUAAUAUCCAUGGCCAUCAAGAAAUGAAUUUUCAAUUGGAAAACGAUAAUGAUAAUGAUGAUGAUGAUGAUGAAAUUGAAACUUCAAGCGAUGAUGAUGAUCAAGAUCAAGAUUUUGAAUAUCCAUCCGAUUUUGAUCCAAAUGAAUAUGAACCAAUUGAAUUUAAUAAAGAACAUAAACAACAAAUGUUAUUAAUAUUAAAUAUGAUUAUACCGGAUCUGAAUCCAUUGACAUCAUUCAAAUCAAUUCAACAUUCAAAGCAAUCAUCAUCGCAAAAAUCAACAAAAUCAUCAUCAAAUCAACAGCAAAUUUUAGCCCGAUUAACAUGUUUAAUACAAUUUUUUAAUGAUUAUUUUCGUCCACAAGAAAUAUGGCCAUUAUUAGAUCGUUUGCCUGUUUGUAUUCGAAUGGAUAAAUCGGCAAAAAUAUUACAAUUUGAUUGGAAAGAUAAUAUCAACAACAAUGAUAAUGACGAUGGUGAUGAUGAAGAACUGCAAAGAAAAUUACAAAAAUUGAAUAAAUAUUUUCAUCGUUGGCUUUAUCUAUUCUAUACAUGUGAUGAAAUUAUUGAAUCCAUUGAUAUUACAAAUGAAUCAUCAACUACAAAACCAUUUGAAAUGUUUACCAUAAUGUUAUUGAAUAUUUUUAAUCAUUUACGUGAUAUAUUACCAUCACAAAUACGGAAAAUAUUUUUAGAACAAUGGUUUUUAUUGGAAACAUUUGAACAACGUUUUGAAUGUUUUUUUCGUUAUGAUAAAUUGUAUCAAAUGGUUAUGCAACAAUUAAUACGUGAACGUUUAUUAUAUCAAUUGAUACGUGAAAGACAAUCAUCAAUGGAAAAACAAUUCGAAUUGAAAUCAAAAGAAUGUGAUCAAUUAAAAUUACAAUUAUCAUCAACCACAUCAUCAUCAUCCGCAUCGAUAAUUGAUAAUAAAAAAACAAUGUUGCGUAAUAAAUCGCAAAUAAUUACCGCUACAACCACUGCCAACAACAACAUUCCGCAAACAAUUUUAUCAUCAAAUUGUCCAUCGAAUAAAUUACCAUCAUCAUUGUUGUCUCAAUCACAUCAACAACCUAAAAGUCAAUUAAAAUCGAUUCUAUUGUCACAACAACAACAACAGCCAAAAUCUCCUGUACCAUCAAUAACAACAUCGGAAAGUUGUUGUUCAAAUAAUGCAUCAGCAUAUAAUAGUAGUGGUGGAUCAUCACCUGUUCAAUCGAAUUCAAAUUCAUUGCUAAUAUCAUCGACUAUGGAUCAAUCACAACGACAAAUAUCAUCGCAAGAUCCAAAACCAACAUCAUUGGAAUUAGCUGAAGCAGUUGCAAAUAAAAUUCAUCAAACAAGAUGUACAACAAAUAAAGCUAAAGCAAUAUCAUCAUCAUCAACAUCAACAUCGAUUGUAAUAUCGAAUAAAUCGAAUGUUAAGGAUUCUGAAUAUAUUAAUGGUUAUAUGGCACGACGAGGAAGACCACGUAAAUUAUCCGCACUAGAUAAUGAUUUGGAUUUGGAUUAUACAUCAUCAUCAUCAUCAAAAACAAAUACUGAUCGUUCAAAUAGUCAACAAAAUAAAAAAGCACGAUUAACUUUUAAUAUAAAACAACGUUCGAUGAAUGUUGAUAAUCGUCAUAAUCAACAACGAUUACCAUCAUCAUCAUCAUCAACAACAAUGACAGCAGCAGCAAAAGAUUCAUUAAUGCAAUCAAUACGACCACAACGUUCAAGAUUUAAAAUGAAUCAAUCAUUAUUGGAAGUAAAAUCUUCGGUAGAAACAAUGAAUCAGAAUAAUUCGAAUAAUAAUGGUAGAAAUUCACAACAAAAAUUACCAAUAUCGGUUAAUGCUAUUUCACAACAACAAAGCGGACCAUUAAAACCGAUUGUUAAAAUGAAUUCAUCAUCAACUGUGAUUCGUUCGAAAUCAUUACUCGAUUCAACGAGUAAUAAUAACAAUAAUAACAAUGAUAAUAAUGUGAAAACUACAAAUGAAAAAUCAAAAAGUUUUAUUAUAAAACCUUUAUUGAUAAAAACUGAAUGUUUAGCUACUAACAAUCAAUCAUCAUCAACAUCUUCGUUAUCAUCUGAAAUUGAUAAUCUUUCAUCAUAUUAUCAAAUUGAUUCAUUAACAAAUCAUUUUCAAUGUCGAUUAUGUAAUACCAAUAAUGAUGAUAAUGGUGAUAAUCCAAUGGAUAAUAUGGAUAAAUUUCUUGAACAUUUGGAUAAUAAACAUUUAAAAACUGGUCAAAUUUAUCAAUGUGAACAAUGUUUGAAAAUAUUUUCAAAUAAAUAUAGAUUAAAUCGUCAUUUGUUGAGUCAUACGGGUGAAAAACCAUUCGAAUGUGUAUUUUGUCAACGUAAUUUUUCACGUCGUGAUAAAUUAAAUGAACAUAUUAAAGCAAUACAUGUUAGGAAAACAUCGUUGGAAAAUGAAAAUUCCGAUGCUAUUGCUAUGGCUAAUAUUCAUAAUAAGGAUGAUGAUGAUGAUAAUGAACAAGAUUUACAGCCACCACCACCACCAACAACAGCACCGAUGAAAACUUAUGGAACAACAACAACGAAUGGUACGAACGAUGAUGAAAUGAAAAAUUCACAAUUUUCAUCAUUGAAUGAUGAAAAAAAUUUUCCGUCUCAAUCAGCGACAACAUCGUGUGAUUUGAAUAAUUCUUCUGUCAUUGAUAAUAAUAAUGAAAAUGAUAAACUUUCAUCAACAACAACAUCGACAAUACCUACAUCAACAACAGCAACAACAACGGCAAUGGAAAUUGAAGAAAUUUUAAUCACCGAUGAUGAUAGUGAUAAUUUGAACGCUUCUCACACAAAUAUUAGUGGUGAUGGUGGUGAUAAUCAUCAUUCUACAAAUAUCUUGGAUGAUGAUGAUGAUGAUGAUGACAAACAACAAGAUCAAGAUCAAGAUGACGAUGAUUUAGAUAUAAAAUCUAAAAUUGAAGUUGCCGAAUUAGAUUGAUUUGGAUUCAAUUCAUUAUAAAUAUCAUUUUAUUAUGUAAAUUCUACCUAAAUUUUUUAUUUGUGAA